UGUGGCGUCUGCUAAUGUUUUGAAUACCACCUGCUGUUGCUGACAUGGUGAACAAUGAUGAGAUAAAAUAAGUCCUUGGUCCGAACGGAUGAAAAGGGUCAUUCAUCUACUUUGUGGAAGAAUGGAAAUAGAUCCCAUAGAUGUGAGGGGAAAGCAUAUUGUUUGACAGUAUGGAUGAAGUGUGGUCGAGAAAUGAAAAACGUAGAUGGCUGCUCACAUUAUUUUUGGGGACCUCAGCUCUUUAUGCAAGCAGGACUUCUGUCCCCCUUGCUAUACCAGAAAUUACCAAGGAACGUGGCUGGAGCAAAAAAGACUCAGGGAUGAUACUGUCGAGCUUUUUUUGGGGGUACACUCUGACUCAGGUGUUUGGUGGUUAUUUGAGUGAUAGAAUUGGAGGACAAAAAGUAAUAUUAAUUGCUGGGAUUGGAUGGUGCAUUGUUACUUUUUUCAUGCCUCAAAUGAUAUGGCUGUUUUCAGAUACCAGUAUUUCUGUCAAUUUUAUUGUAUUCAUAAGAGUUUUGCAUGGAGCAUUUCAAGGUGUCCAUUUUCCCAGCAUGAGCAGCUUAACUGCACAGAAAAUUACAGAGAAGGAGAGAGCCUCAUUUUUUAGUAUCUUAACAUCAGGGUCUGCUGUUGGCACUCUGUUCACUGGUGUUGUGGGAUCAAAUGUGUUGGAAUAUUAUGGAUGGCCAUUUGUGUUCUACUGCAUUGGUUCCCUUGUUUUAUUAUGGAUACUUCUACUAAAUUUCUAUGCCCUGUCCCUAAGCAGAAGAAAAAAUAACCUGUAUUUGCCUUCAAAGCCACACCCACCUCUUUAUAUCAAAGAAAGCUUGCCAGUACCAUGGAUGAGACUUUUUAAAAAUCUUUCUUUCUGGUCUUGUGUGCUUGGACAUACAUGCCAGAACAAUUGUUUUUUUCUUUUAUUAUCAUGGCUGCCAACAUAUUUUCAUGAUAUGUACCCUGAUGCUAAGGGCUGGAUUGUAAAUAUGGUACCAUGGCUGUUCUGUAUACCUUGUACAUUUUUUGGUAGCUGGAUGUCUGAGAAACUUAUAAGCAAUGGCUAUGGUAUUACAGCUACAAGAAAAAUUACUGAAGUAUUUUGCUUGGGUUUGCAAGCCAUUGGAUUGGUGCUAAUACCUCUAGCAGGAAAUUACAAAUGGGCACUUGUUUGGGUGUCUCUUGCAAUAGGUUCAACUGGUUUCCACAACAAUGCGAUACUGGUAAAUCCUCAAGAUCUUGCUCCAAAACAUUCUGGUAGUGUUUUUGGAUUGAUGAACACUGUUGGAGCUAUACCAGGUUUCUUAGGAGUAUACCUAGCUGGGUAUGUGCUGGAGACAACAAAGAGCUGGGAAGCGGUGUUCCAGACAACUGCUGCAAUAAAUUUAAUUGGUUGUGUUAUGUACGUAAUAUUUGGAAGUGGAGAUUCCAUUGUGUGAUGUUGCCAGAAGCUUUUAAUGAACAAAGUAUUCAAUAUUGUAACACUAAUACAAGCCAGAAGAAAUAGAAUUCAUGGUCCAGUCUCAGUGCCAUUCAUUCAAAUUUUAUGUCAGUUGAAUGGGUUUCACAGACUUCUCCACUUCAGGAAGUGUAUGACUGGCAUGCAGAUUAUAAAUGGAAAGUUAAUUGGACAAGCAAAUCAGACUACCAGUAUUCACUAAAACUUAAAUGUACUAUAAUUGUUAGGUAGGCUCAGAGACUGAACUCUUAAAGUUUAGGUGUCAGCAGAUGAGAGGAGGACAUAAGGAAGUCAAUACCUACUUGUCUACAUUUUCUGGUACUCCCAAGUACUGUAUGUAGAUUUAUGAUUGUAUGCUUGGCUUCAGACUGCCAGAAAGUAAUCAUGGUACUCAAUCUCUCAAACUUCAGUUGCUGACAGACAAAAAUUUCAAAUGGGCCUACUGUCUAGACCAGACCUGAGGACGUGAGCUGCCCGCGUGCUUUUGUAUCACCUUUUGUCUUGUGGGCAUGAUGCAUGUGCAGCGAUCUCUUACUCAUGAACAGGACUGCCAAUAAUACACAAUUGACAGCUCGAGUUUGUAUUGACAUUAGUAUCCUUUGCAUUGUCAUAAUUAUCACAGUAUGACAAUGUAAUGAAUACUUACAAGCCAAUAUAACAUGUACAUAGUACUUUCAGAAGUGUUGCCUUAAAAACCAAUCUUCUGUUAUAGAAAAGUGCCAUGGAAUGAAAAAGUAAUAAUAGUUACCUUGUAACAAUUGUGUCACAGAGAAAAGCAAAUGAAUUUAUGCAAGUGUGCAGGCAUUUUUGUCUCUUAAGACUUUGGAUGUUUUCAUGCUAGUUGGGAGGGGAAAAAAAGAAAGAAAAUGUUCAAAAACAACAUCGACACAACUAGCCUACUUUACAAAAAUAUGGCACAUCGCCAUAAUCAGACCCCAGCUCUGCCAGGAAGGAUUUAAAACUGCUGAUGCCCUAAACCAUGCUAUUUCAAUUUAUUAACUGUUUGUACAACAAUGUCCAUGACAUGACUUAUUUCGGCACAUUUUGCCAGCAGAUCAGCGUGAGUUGGGAUGCUUUGUAUUGCUGGUAUUUUCUGCUGGAUACCAACUUCUUUCACCAGUUUGUUAUUAAAGCAACUACACCAGACUUUUGACCACUCAUUGCAGGAGCUCCACCUGUUGCAAUCAACAAAGAUUUCCUCUACAGGAGUCAUAUUUGUCAUCAAGGUUUCCUAAGUAAAAAAGUAUGUCAUCACCCCUGGUUGUAUCAUGCAUUGGCACUAAAUCAAGGAGUUCCUUCAUCAAGUUGAACUCACUGUCAACACCUUGUACAAGUACUGCAAGCUGAGUGUCAUGUGUUACAUCUGUGAUUUCAUACAAAACCAGAGAGAGAGAGAGAGAGAGAGAGAGAGAGUGAGAGGGAGGGGGGGAGGGGGGGGGGGGAUCUGUAGUCUUAUCUUUGUCACAUUUCCACUUAAUUUGGUAUUUCUUUUAUGCAUCUGCACACUGUUCUCCAUGAAAGGGGAACUCUUCCGAAAACUGGAAGAGACUCUGGACACAAGAUUGUUGUGGCAGUAACAAAACACUGUUCAACAAAUUCUCCAUUGCUGAAGCGACAUGCUGUUUUGGUUAUUUUAAGAGAUAUGUGAUAGCUCACUCUCAAUACACCAUCAUGUUGGGUGAUAAGGUUCUCUUCAUAUAAACACGUUAAAAGGGAGAAGUAAAAUCGAGGGUAAAAUUAUGUAAUGCUUUAUAAAUAAUGGUAACAUUUUCAAGAAAUGACAUAUAUCCAUAUGAACUUUCUCUCUUUCCUGUUUUGGGUCAAGAAGUUUGGCCUUCCUUUCCAUAAUACCCAAAGUGAUUGCAAAUUUAUCAUGUGGGUUGAAGUAUAAGGAUUCAAUCGAUUUUUAUUUUGAGGGUCUUAAUCUCUCAUCAGCCAUUUUAUUCUCAUUAAUUUUGUCCUACCACAAACACCAAAGAAACUUCGAUACUGAUAACACUAAUAACACCAAAUUAACAGGCUCACCUUGCAACAUGAGCACCAAUAACAAACGAGGGAUGUUAGCAGAGAGGUGGAGGAGGAACUGCUGGCUGACAGCACUCAUGGGCAAACAGUUUGGGCCCUCAUGGACACCCAUGCUCACCAUAGCACUUUGGCUGCCCUUUGUCAAGACUGUUGUCAUUUCUUUGAAAAUUCAGUAUUAAAUUCAAAACAAUGUGGUCAUCGUUAUAUGUAUGUAUUUGUGUUAUAUCUACUGUGAGCAUUGCAUCAAUUACCUCUCUAACGGAAGAGUCAUUUUUUCCCCCUCAGUUAUAGUACCCUUAUUUAAAUGUAUUAGCUGUCAAUUUCUGUUUCUCAAAUAUAUUUAAAAAAUCACUUUCUAUUUACGCAUGUUUCUCUCAGCAACUUCCAUUCACAAAAAAUUAUAAUCUAAUCUGUAGUUUUGUUCUCUACACGCUAUGAUUUUUAUUGUUAGAGAUAUGGUGGUGUUU